AUGUAUCAUAAUGGGAGAAAGAUUGGUAAAUGGGAUAUCAAUUUUAGGGAGUUUAACACAUUUCAAUAAAUGUAUUAUAAUUCAUCUUUUUAUUAUAUUUAUUAGAGGAGUAACUUAUUAUGAUGAGUAAGGUAAUAAAACUGGAUUGUAAUAAGAAACCAGCUCAAGUUUUUUUAAGUAUUCAGAUCAAUCAUUUAUCAUUUUUUAGUUUAAGUUAAAUUGUGUAUAGAGGAGAAUAUUAUUAGGGUCAUAAAAAUGGUAAAUGGAAAAGCUUUUGGAACAAUAAGUUAAAAGUUGAAUAACUGUAUAAAAAUAAAUUAUUAUAUCAAUUUUUUAUUAGGGGGUGUGGACUAUAUGGUGAGAAUGGUUUAAAGAAUGGAAUUUGGAUUGAAUUGUCAAAUGAUUUUAACGAGUAAUUAAUUUUUGUUAUUAUCAAUAUUAGGGAUAAAUAGGUUAUUUAUAAAGGCGAGUAUAAUUGUGGAUAAAAGGUUGGGCUAUGGGAAACUAAUUUUAGAUUCUCUUAAAAUUUUGAGGAAAUGUAAGCAUGAUAGUCUCUUUAAUUUUAGAGGUUGUGGAUGCUAUGAUGAUGAUGGAAUUUAGAAUGGAUUAUGGAUAGAAUUGGAUGAAGAUUUUAGUAAGUAUUAAAAAUACUGUAAUUGAUUAAUAGCUCUAAAUAAAUCAUUCAUAGGGGGGAAUAUAAAAAUGGGAGAAAGGUUGAGAAAUGGUUAGAAUUCAAAAGAGAUAAAUUGAAAAUUUAGGAAGGAUUUAAAAAUACGUAUGUGUUAUUUUCAUUUAGUGGGGAAACGAUUUAUUAUCAAAAUUGAAAUAAAUG